GUCGGACGUUGUUUCCGGAGCGCAGAGGCUAGGGUGCCCACCCACGGCUCGGACCUCGUGGUGAACCACGCUUUGGAGCAACCUCAGGCGUGGAUCACUCCCUCAAGGGUGGAUCCAGCGGCAGUGCUGAGCGGCAUGGCGGAGGCAGAGGGCAGUGCGUCGCCUGCGCCUGUGGUGAAGCGCGUGCAGUAUGCACGGUUUGGGCCUUCCUCGGAGCUGGAGGUGGUGACCAGCGGCGUGCUGCCCAGGCGCCAGGCAGGGCAGGUGCUGGUGGAGAACAAGGCCACCUCAGUGAAUCCCGUGGACGGCAAGCUGCGCGAGGGGUAUGGCGGGCGGCUGGCGUCGCCCAAGCUGCCGGCCACGCCGGGCGGCGACGUGGCGGGCGUGGUGGUGGAGGCGGACGCCGGCAGCAAGUUCAAGCCAGGGGACCGCGUGUUCGGGCUGAUGUACCGCUGCGUCGGCAGCUACACCAGCCAUGUGGCACUGCCCGAGGCCGCCCUGGCCCGCAUCCCAGCCUCCCUCAGCUUUGAGGAGGCGGCGUCGCUGCCCCUGGUGGCGCUGACCGCGUGGCAGGCCCUAGAGCUGGCGGGGUUGAGGGAGGGGCAGCGGGUGCUGAUCCACGCCGGGGCGGGCGGCGUGGGCUCCAUUUCCAUCCAGCUGGCCAGGAUCCGGGGCCUCCACGUCAUCACAACCUGCUCUGCCACCAACGCCGACUUUGUGCGCCAGCUGGGCGCCGACGAGGUGAUAGACUACAGGCAGGAGCGGUUUGAGGAGGUGCUGAAGGGCAGGCCCGUGGAUGCGGUGCUGGAUGCCGUGGUGCACGGGGACGCCCCCUGCGAUUAUGAGCAGCGCAGCAUGAAGGUGCUGAAGAAGACGGGCACCUAUGUCAACUUCAUCCCCAAGCCGAUGCUGCUCCCCAUCCUCAUUGGCUUUCUGCGUGGUGCCUGUUGGCUGGGGCCGCGGUACCGAGUGGUCAUUGUGUCGCCCAACGGCGGCCAGCUGGAAGCCAUUGGCAAGCUGGUGGAGGAGGGCAAGGUCAAGCCCAUCAUCCACAGCGUGCUCCCACUGGAGAAGGCAGCGGAGGCGCAAGAUCAGGUUGCGACUGGGCACACCCGUGGCAAGAUUGUGCUGAAGAUCAGCGAGUAAUGCGUGGCACUGUACUUGCUUACACAUGCAUGAUUCUUGGACUGCGUGUUGUGUGCUUGUGAACAAUUCUGCC